UGUUUCUUGUCCUUUUUAUAAGCAGUAAGCAUGGCCUUUGCCUGUGCUAGACUGUUUUGCUGUGGCAGGUGAUGCUUUUUGGUGUGCACUGCUUUUGGCAGCUCUGAUGUUGGGGCUCAAAUGUGUUUUUUGGAGGGCCUGUAUGGUGCGAGUGAGGUAUGCUCAGAGCCCCACUUGGUUUCUGCUUGUAACGUGAUGAGGCUGUCAGCCAGGAUGGCUCAGCUUUGGGAGGAUAAUGCUGACACUUUUGUGUUAAAAAUAUUCCUUGAGCUGUCAGAAAAAAUGUGUUUUAUUAUUAAUGCGUAGCACUGCAGGGGUCCUGUGAAAUGAGCAGAGUUGAUGAACUGUUACAAAUUAGCAGAAGGCCAUAUGCAGUAUUUAUUAAACAAAUGCCUGUCUCUGCAUAAAUCAUCUCCAUCUGCAGGUUGUACCUGAUGGGCACUACAUGAGCCACGUCUUUCUGUGGUAGUACUCACAAAGAGGAGCAUGGGGUGGCUCUUGGUGCCCACUGAACAUUGAAGACCUCCUCCAGAAGUUUGGGCAGCAGCUGAGCUUCCCCUUUAGCCUGCCUGUACAGAGGAUUCCCUAUCAAACCCCAGCUCAGGUUUGGGUGAGACAUGCUUUCUAACCCACACAUGCUGAUGCUCACUCUGCACUGCUGCUGCUCUGCUUGUUGACGUUGUAUCCUUCCCACGUUCUCCGCCUCGAUAUCCUGAACUAUAAAAAAUAAAGAUAAAUCUGGAUGGCACAAGCACUCCCCAACUCAGUACAGGUGGCUAGAUGCUACUUCCCUGCAAUUCAGAAGGCAUGGAUUGAGACUGAAUUAACAGCAAAGGACGUCAGGAUUGAAGGUACCCAUGUUGAGAUCACUAGCAACAAAAUUCAGUGUUCACAGUACAACCUUAAUUUAAAAAGAAACAAACAAAUAUGUUUUUAACGUUGGGAAGUGACAUCUGAUAAUAUUUUCUUUGAAGAGUGGGUGUGGGGAUUCGGUAUUUUCAGCUGCAGCUCUCCUCAAGAAUAUAUUUUUUUAUAUGACCAUCUCUCAAUAAACUUUUGUAACAAUUUCUUGAAGGCAUUUGUAGUUGCAGAAAGUUUUUCAGCCAAAGAUGUGUUGCUGUGGGGAGGGGAAAAGGGAUUGGCAGCCUGUGCUCUGCUGGAUUUGUGUCUGAUGGUGGAUUUUGGUGUCAAGUGGAUAUGAUUUUAGAACUGGGUGUAUCUUGCAAGGGCUUUUCCAAGGCACAGGGAUAUCAACUGCUUUUGAAAAGCAAUUGGGAAUGUGAUUUGUGGGAUCUCAGCUCUUCAGAAAACUGGGUUUGGACAAGAAACGUAAAAGGAACUGUACACAGGAAUAGACAGAAAUGCUGCUAUUUAAGAAUCCAAUAGAAGCUCGGCGUAAAGAAGGGCAACCUAAAUUUGAGGUCUGCAUGGAGUGGUUUCAUCUGCAGCUCACUACAUGGAGCGAUUUGGGACUUCAUUGUCAUCUCUGAGAUGCUACAGAUAGGCAGAUGAACUCCUGCAUCAAACAAGAAGGUCAUCUUCAUCCAUCCACAGGCUGCUGGGCUGCUCCUCCCCUGGUGUCUGAGUCCUGAAACUCAGAGUGGCUGUGGAAAACCUUCUCGAGAAGCGAUGGCAUGAGGAGGAGGAGCUGCACAAGCACUCUCAGUGAGCCCUCAGCAGGAACCAGCCCUUGUCCAGACAGCGGUGCAACAAGGCUGCCCGGGGCUGAGCCGUGAGCGCUUGAGCAGGAAUCAUUGCAACCUGAAACAGAAGGCUUACUGCUGGUUAGAUGCCCAAAAGGGAGAGCACAACUCUGGCUGAACUGAUGCAUCUCGGCACCUGAUACAGGUGCAGCUUCUGACAUGAAGAAAGAUAUAGACACUUUAAUAACCCAGGAAAAAGCGGAGAUCAUUGCCAAGUAUGAGAAGGGCAGGCAGGAGGGAGCCACGAUUGACCCGUGGGAAGAUGCUGAUUUCACGCUGUACAAAGUUACUGACCGCUUUGGGUUUCUGCAUGAGCAGGAGCUGCCAACCCGCACCGCCUUGGAGGAGAAGCAAAAGCAGCAGGAAAUUGAACGUGUGGACAAGUGGCUGAAGAUGCUGAAGAAAUGGAGCAAAUACAGAAACAGUGACAAGAUGUGUCGGCGAGUGUACAAAGGCAUUCCGCUCCAGGUGCGAGGCCAGGUCUGGUCACUGCUGCUGGACGUUGAGAAGAUGAAGAAGGAGAAUGAAGGAAAGUAUGAGCAAAUGAAACAACAGGCAAAGAGCUGGUCCUCAGAAAUCAAGCAGAUAGAUCUGGAUGUUAACCGCACCUUCCGAAACCACAUCAUGUUUCGGGAUCGCUAUGGUGUGAAGCAACAGGCAUUGUUCCACGUCCUGUCGGCAUACUCAGUGUACAACACUGAGGUGAGCUACUGCCAGGGGAUGAGUCAGAUUGCAGCCAUCCUGCUGAUGUACUUGAAUGAAGAAGAUGCAUUCUGGGCACUGGCACAGCUUCUGACCAACCAGAAGCACGCGAUGCAUGGUUUCUUUAUUCCCGGGUUCCCAAAGCUGCAGAGAUUUCAAGCUCAUCACGAGCAGAUUUUAAGCAAACUCUUUCCGAAACUGAAGAAGCACAUGGACAAGGAGCAGAUGACGACAGGGAUUUACACCACCAAGUGGUUCCUGCAGUGCUUCAUUGACCGGACACCUUUCACCCUCACCUUGCGGCUGUGGGACAUCUACAUCCUGGAGGGAGAGCGGGUCCUGACAGCCAUGGCUUACACCAUUCUCAAGCUGCACAAAAAGCGCUUGCUGAAGAUGACGCUGGAAGAUCUGCGGGAAUUUCUGCAGGAGAAAAUUGCUGCCUCGCUGCAGUAUGAGGAUGACGCUGUCAUAGACCAGCUGCAGGUGUCCAUGAGUGAGCUGCGCAAGAUGAAGUUUGACCUCCCCCCCCCUGCCAAGCCCGACGAGUUCCCUCGCAGACCCCUGGGCCUGGAGCUCUCCCUCAACCCUCUGGACACGAAGGCCAGUGCGGCAGCCAAUGGCCAGAAUGGGCUGCUGGGUGAGCACCCCUCUGACAGGGGCACCGCACAGCCUCCCAGCCACCAGGGGACGGCCGUCAGGACUCCCGAUGUGCCAAGCAGCCGGGCACAUGAAGCAGCUGACAGCCAUCCACAUCUCCCGUACAGUGAGGGGCAGCCAACAGAGGACGUGGCACAGCGGCAAUCUCCAAAGCUGAGCGAGAUGCAAGCCUUCCCCACCAGCCUGGAGGAUGCUGUGAGGAGUGGGGAAUCCACCCUGCACACUGGACAUGGGGUUGAGCACGAGGAGCAUCGUGAGCUGCACCACGAGUCGCCCAGCUUCACUCCCUCCCUGUGCAGCUCUGUGGGCUCCUUCCACCCUGCGUCAAACGCUCCUGUGGACACACCAGCUGGGGAGGCCCAGCCGCCUGAGUGGCAUUCCAGCAUGGACCACACGCCAGAUCCUGCUGCUUGUGGGCCACCUGAGGAACAACAAGCAUCCUCCCUGCAUGGGGAGGAGGCCACAGCACUGCAGAGGGACAUCCCUGAGGAUAAGGGCGAGACGCAACAUGGAGUGAUACUGAUGAAUGGAAUGGACUCAAAGGCCUCAUUGCCCAAGUCGGCAUCCACGGGUGAGCUUGGUGGCCUGCAGCAGGGCACAGAGAUGGCGCUUGAGCGAGGCUUCGCUGCCCUAGGCUCGCUUGCCCCGGGCAGGCCUUCGGGCAGCAGUACGCCUGUUCUGUCAGAGAGCGUGUCACUGGCCAGGGGGAACAGCCUCCAUACCGUGGUGAAAACCACCACCCGCCUGCACGUGGCGCAUGUGACUGAGCAGGACUUGGCAAACAGAAGGCAGGUGGCACUGCCCUGGCCAGAGGCCGCCCAUCCCCUGGCUGCCAGCUCCCUGCUGCCUUCUGCCAGGUCAGACAUGGGGGCAGUCCAGCAAGGCACCCAGAAACCGCCGAAUGCACUGAAAGCACCGCGCCCACCCCUGAGCCCCAAACCAAAACUUCCCCCACAGGUUUCCAAAUCCCUGUCAGAGAACAGCUUCAGCCCAGACUCUCAUCCCGCUGCACGGCUGCCCAAGUCGGUGACAUUUUAGUGGGGUGUGGGACUGAGCUGGGGGCCGGAGUGGCACCAGCCCCACGAUGCCCUCAACACGGCUGUGCCUGCCUGUGGUGUCCCAUAGAGCUGUGCUUUGGUACGAGAGCCAGGGCUGCAGAGCCCGGAGCCACCAGCAACCUCCGCUUUGGUUUGCAUCCAUGGUUUCCUUUCUAUGGACAGAAGUGCUUGUGUUUGGAUUCAUUUGGGGAGAGCAGCACAGCUGGUUAAUGUGUGCUCUUCGCUGCCUGCCCCCCUCGCAGCAUGGAGCUCCAAGGCUCAGGGUGGGUGCAGUGAUGGACAUAAGGCAGUGGAGUACAAAAUACAGGAGGCUUUCCUUCCUCUGUAGCAGUAGGCCUUUAUUUCUUUUUCCAGACCUGCAGGAAGCAGCAGCCCUUCAGAUGGGGCUGGAGCAUGCCAGUAGGCAAGCACCACUGCCCAGCAGUCUAUGCAAGUCCCUUUCUCCUGGUAGUCCCUUUCCGUGCCCCUGGCUGCACUCCCAGAGAGGAGGUGUUAGCAGCUGGUGGUGGUGAGCUCUGGCUGUGACCCCAGCAGAGGACCCUUCAUGUUCUCCAGGUGAUGAGGAUGGUGGUGAAAGUUGAGCCUGGGUUGCAGGUCCAGAGCAGCAAGCAGGCUUGCUGCCUCAAACUGACCGAAGGGCAGAAUUGGCUGCUGCCCUGGUGAGCCUGAGGGCACUGUUUAGCUGCAGUGCAAACCCCCAUCACGCACCUUGCCUUUGCCCGUGAGCUGCUGGAGGUGUGUGUUCAUGUCUCAUUGUGGUGCCCAGGUUGAAGCCUGCUUGUGCCUGAACAAGUAAAAUUUCAGGGUGGAGACGCCACAGAAGCUAGGAAGAGGGAGCACACGGCCCCCAAUUUUUCUUUGUCCUAGUUUAACCCAGCCAGAAAUCAGCAACCAAGAAAGGAAACCUGGGUACGGAGGUUUGGAAGUUGAUGCCCUAAUGCAUCGCCACAGGACAGAUGCCCCUGCAUCUAUGUGCAGUGGAGAGCCCUGCAGUCCUGUCCUUUUCCCACCUUCCUUGGGACCACGUGGGAUCCAAGCCAAUCCCUGCCUUCAGCACUUCUUUUUCAAGCAGCACUGUGUCCCCAGGAUGUCACCACCUGACUGGAGGUGCACAGGGAGCAGGGCAGCUCACCUCACUGAAAGAACGGAGCCAAACCCAUGUGCCCAGCACACAGCAGCUCAUUGUGAAGGGAUUUCAGCAAGAAGGAGGAGCAAUGGGAGCAGCAGGAAAUGAGCUCGAGGCCAGAUGCGUGGUAUGUGACAGUGCUUUGUGGCAGAGGGGAUGGGGAUGUCACCUUUUGGACAGCGGGUGGGACCACUGCCUGUCCCUCCAAUAGCAGACAUGGGCCAAAGCUCCUCUAAGAUCUAAAGAAGACUUUUGAAACCUAGUUUUCAUCUCUCAUUUUCAUCUCACAGGCUGCUGCACCAUAGCAAAGCCUACCCGGAGACUAGAAGAAAACAUCCACUGAGUCCCUUUGGGUAUUUACCAGGUUGUGCGUGUGCUUUGUGUGCGUUAUCAGUAGAGCUGUGGAAGGAGCCUGCUGCUGCUUCUGCAGCCCUGCUCUGCUCCAGACCUUGUUCCCUGCCCAUCUGUGCAGUGCAGGGCUGACCUCACAGCUACUCUGCCAGGUGCUGCCAGGGGCACGCAGUGCUGUUGGUGAAGCACUUAGGAGUGCUAUAUGGAUGCUCAGUAGUUGUGUUUUAACACACCAUGGGUAAGAGGUGGUUAAGAGGUUAAGGCAAAAGUGCUUCAAUUGGUUUGGUGUGUUCAUCAGCAAUCGUGCAGCGGUGAAAGUUGUUAGUGUGCUACAGUACCUGGGCAGUAUAUCAGGACAGGCAGCAAUUGCCUUCCAUAGCAGCUAUAUCCUGCCUGGACAGGGGCUAGAAGCGCCCCAGGGGCUGCCGAGAGCCAGCAGCACACACUGCUCUCUAGGUGCUGCCUCCCUUCCAGCUGCUCCCGCUCCAGUGCGUGUCCCAGUGCCGUCCUCACCCGCUCCAUCCCAUAGCAAAGCCAUUGUGACUGUGAGCAAACUCAGGAAGGAGCUCCCAGCUCCUGGCCCUGCCGAGCUGCCCUGCUGCAGGCUGUGCUGUUCCCUGGCCCAGUGCAUGGCGCAGGUGCGGUGUGGGCAGCAGCAGAGCUGCAGGGCCCAGUGCCAGGGACAGACCUCGCUCCCUGUCCUCACACCACAGCCGUGCAGGGCCCAGCGCUGGAGGCCGGGGCUCGGCCGUGCACUUUGACAGCCCUGCUACCGUUGGCUUUUGUUUUACUUGCUAUUCUUGUUUACAGCGUGGAACGCUUCCUCCGUGACUCUUUCUAAUGUAUUAUAAUUAUUACUUUAAAAAAUAUAGCGAUGUCUGUGGUUGGUUUUUUUGUUU